AUGGCCAGCAGCAGCCCGCAGCACCAGCCCACCAUCGCCUUCCCCCGCAGGAGGAGCGCCCGCCGCCUCGCCGCUCCCCCGGCCAAGACCGACCCCACCGCGCUGCGCCUCUCGCCCGGCUGCCCCAGAGCUCCUGCCCCCGCCGAGCCCGCGCCGGGGACACGCGCAGCCCGGACCAAAGCGCUGCCCUUGAGCCCCUGCAAGCGCCUGAGUGAUGACAACCUCUGCAAUGUUCCCCAUGCUCUGCCCUGUUCCCCGGCCAAACGCAGCAAGGAGAACCAGGGGCGCCGCUUGCUUUUCGGGGACCCCCCGGCCUCCCCUGAGAAGCCCAGCAGCCCGGUGCUGUCCCCACGGCGUGGGGGGCAGGAGACCCCCCGCAGCUUAGGGCCUGGCAGGCACCCUGCCCGCACCCGGCUCUUCAGGCAGGAAGGUACCUGCUACCAGCAGGUGAAGCGGGUGCUGCACGCGGCCGUGCCUGAGCGCCUCCACGGCCGGGAGAAGGAGACCAGCACCAUCCGGCAGUUCCUGCGGGAACACGUCUGCGGCCGCCGGCCCGGCAGCCUCUACAUCUCUGGAGCCCCCGGGACGGGGAAAACGGCCUGUCUGAGCCGUGUCCUGCUCGACUGCAAGGAUGAACUCUCCGGGAGCAAAACCAUUGUCCUGAACUGCAUGUCGCUGAGCAGCCCCCAGGGUGUCUUCCCCGCCCUGGGGCAGCAGCUGGGCCUGCCCGUGGUCACUGGCCGGGAGGGCCUGCGCAGGCUGGAGGCAAAGCUGACGGCCCAGGGGCCUAUGGUCCUCCUAGUGCUGGACGAGCUGGACCAGCUGGAGAGCAAAGGGCAGGACGUGCUCUACACCCUCUUUGAGUGGCCCCAGCUGCCCAGGUCCAGGCUUGUCCUUGUGGGCUUGGCCAAUGCUCUGGACCUGACGGACCGAAGCCUGGCCCGGCUCAGUGCCCGCUCCGCUGGCAGCCCCCAGCUGCUGCACUUCCAGCCCUACACCAGGGAGCAGCUCGCUGCCAUCCUGCAGGAGCGGCUGGGACAGGUGGAGGGUGACCCCGUCCUGGAUGCUGCUGCGCUCCAGUUCUGUGCCCGCAAGGUCUCUGCGGUCUCUGGUGAUGCUCGCAAGGCCCUGGAUGUCUGCAGACGUGCCGUGGAGGUGGUGGAGCUGGAGGUGCGGAGCCAGACCCUGCUCAAGCCGCUGCCCAGCGGUGACCCUGUCUGUCCCACAGGUGACUCCCCGGUGUCCCCUGUCCCCAGACGCGUGGGGCUCCCGCACAUCUCCCGGGUGAUUUCAGAGGUAUUUGGGGAUCGGUUGGCACCGGGGGGGCAGGGGGGCCGGGAUGCCUUCCCCCUGCAGCAGAAAGUGCUGCUCUGCUCCCUGCUCCUGCUCGCCCGGCACCUGCACACCCGGGAGGUGACGCUGGGGAAGCUUCAUGACACCUACAGCCAGGUCUGCCGGCGGCAGCAGCUCCCCCCUGUUGACCAAGUGGAGUGUCUGUCCCUUGUCACCCUCCUGGAGUCCCGUGGUGUCCUUGAGCUGAAGAAAGCCAAAGAGGCCCGGCUGGCCAAGGUCUGCCUGAAGAUGGAAGAGGCUGCAGUGGAGCAUGCUCUGCAGGAUGUGGUGCUGGUGGGCAGCAUCCUGGCUCAGGGGCUGCCUUAGCCCCCCUGGAAUCCCCUCCCCACAGCCCCUCGGUGUGGGCUGGGCAGACACUGCUCUGGGUGGAAUUGUGGUGCCUGGAUGGUUCAGUCAGGCUGUGUUGGGAGCAGGGAAAUGGGUCCCUGAGGAUUCAGCUGCUGUUUGUUGAGUCCUGCUCUGGGUCCCUUGAUCUGGGGCAGUUUUAUUAAUGUUAUUACUAAUAUUAUUAUUUCUGUG